CGUCACUGUAUACAUGAAAUACAAUGGACGAAGCUGUCUACGACAAAAUUCGAGGAGGUUAUCGUGUAUUUAUUGGCGAUUUAGGGAAUCGCAUCGGAAAGUAUGAAUUGGAGGGCGAAUUCAAAGACUUUGGGACUAUCACAGACACUUGGGUUGCAAGGAAUCCCCCAGGAUUUGCCUUUUUAGUGUUCAAGCAUGCUGAAGACGCCGAAAAGGCCGUUAGAAAAGUUAAUGGACGCCGUAUCGAUGGGCGGCGUAUUCGCGUGGAGCAUGCUCGCCCAUUCGAGGAGCGUCGACGUCUACAGAUGGAAGCCGUACGUCAAGAACAACGACGUUCUUCAAGGUCACGAUCUCCUGUCAGACGAGGACCAACGUCAAACGAAAGACACAGGUCAAAGUCGCGGAACAUAUUGUCAAGCAAUGGUAGUCCUCCAAGGCAUAGUGACAGAAAUAGGUCCAGGUCACAAUCUGCUCCCAGAAAAUCCAGGAAAUCCUCUAAUUCGAAGCCUCAUUCAAGAUCGAACAGUCCGCAUGAGUCCAGGAGGCGGGACAGUGAAACACAUUCCAGGUCUCGAGACGAGCGCUUGAAACCAAAGUCAAAGAGUCCUUCGUCUCAGGAUGUUGCUAAAUCUUUAAGUCCUCAGAAAUUAAGGAGACGCAGCGCAGAAAGAUUUAUCAAGUCUAGUGACAAAGACACACCAUCUAGGAGUCCCCCUUUUAGGGUCAAUGACAGGGACAAGGGUAGCGACAAUGAAUAGAGACUUUAGAUAUGGCUUUGAUCGGACUUAUAGCCCAGGUUAUCGUUCAAUGAAAUGGCAGUGUUUUGUGCAUACAUCCAUUAUUGUACGAUUGUUAUUUUUACACAUGUUAUAUUCAUUAGGACAUUUUAAAGCUUGAAAUCCAUUUUCUCUAUUGAAGUUUUGUACAGAGUCACUUUUGUGCUUGAAAUCUAGCAGUAUGGAACAUGUUAAUUUUGAUGUUUACAGUAUUUAGUGAGCAAUUGUAUAUAGGUAAUUGUAUAGAGGUAAUUUUUAUUUUAGACACAGCAAUCUGUGCCAUAUCUAUGUUUGUAUGUGUCAUAUUAUACAUCCGAUAUAUUUGUAUGUGUCAUAUUAUACAUCCGAUAUAUUUCUUUUUAUACCCCCUCUCGAAGAUGGGAUAUAGUUGUCGUACUGUACGUUAACCGUCUUCAUGUCUGUCCGAGAGUGGCCGAUGGCAAAUACAUCAUUAUUGUCUCGGCAAUAACUUUGCCAUAUAUUGAUGGAUUCUUAAAUAAUUUGCUUUUUUUAAACAAUCAUAACACAACGUGUGGCGUGCACGAACCCAUACCUCAAAGUUCAUGCUCACACAUAAAGGUCAAAAAUCAACUUCAGCCAUAAACAAGCUCAAUAUUCCUUUCUAUACCCAUACUUUGUACAUGUGUUGAUGUUAAAUAUCUCGGCAUAAAUGCAAACCGUCAAAAGGCGAUGUGCCUGCUGAAACAUUCAUCUCUCUACCUACAAUGUGUUGGCCAGUCUGAGAGUUCUAAUGACGACCAUAUUGAGGUGAAAUGUCGUGUGUAACACCUGUCUUCUUUCCUCAAAGUUCAAGGUAACACGUAGAGGUAAUGGUCGAGUUUGGUCAGCCUGUCCGGACCGAACAUAUGUCAUUUAUGUCAUUCAUCAUGCAAUUUAAAAAUAACUUACCUUGUGUGACUAGGAUGAACUGAGUGUCUCGUGUAUUACAUGUUUUAUUUCCUCAAAGGUUAAGGCCACACGUCUAAUUUCGCCAUAAACAUAUGUUUUGAACAUUAGUGCAGUUUUGGGAUAAAAGUGGCGGCAUGCAUUCACUUAUGUUUCAUAUCUUAUCAGUUGAAUGCACAUUUACUGUUGUAGUACACAUCUUAGCUAAACUUUUUUUUCAAACAUGCAUGAAAUCUUUUUUUUGGUAUUUAAUUUGAGUUGUUCAAAUUUAAGGUAUUUUUGUGAGAUUCGAAGAAAAUCAAUUUUAUAGACAAUUCAGUUGUCGUCAUCUGUUACGCGUUACAGUUCAAUAUUUCUCCGUAUUGGAAACGUGUGCAGGCAAUAAUUUCCGUAUUGAACGGUCCAAAUUUAAUCGAACAAUAUUGUCAGAGUCUGUUCCAAAAGUGUCCUUUAUUAAAAAUCGAUAGAAUGUUAUUGAUUUAAAAAUUAUUUUAGACCUGCGCAAACGAAGUUUAAUAAAAGGUUACCCAUUUAAAACAUGUAUAAAAUAAGGUUAGAUAUAGUCCCUUAGGGUUUAUAGCUCUAGAAAGAUUAUUUACAUGUAACGUUUGACAUCGUAAUUGUGUUAAUAUAUGACGGGAGUCGGACUUUACGUUAUAAUGCAUAGUGAUGUGACUAUAGCAAAUCAAAGAACUUAAUGUGUAUGUAAUGAAAGGAUCAAGUAACAGCUCUGAAUACAUUUAUGUGAUGUAUUUGUCCUUAUUUACAGCUUCCAUACAAAUACCAGACUUUCAGAUGUGCUGGUCUGUUCACUCAUCAUAAUUUAUUAACUUACUGUAUACGACGCUGUUAUAAACAUAAUUAUACCUAUGCUUAUGUCCAUAUUGAAUAUAUUUUCAUAUACUUGUGCCAUUUUGUCAAAAUAAGUAUUUAUAUUUUCUUUAUAAAGGGGGCCAUUUUACUUAUAAGUUUGUACAUGUAUUUUGUUUGUUGCAUCGUAACUGAUCUCUACAUAUUCAUUUUAUUGUAAAGAUGAUGAAACUGUUUUAAUAGGCUUCUUUUGGAAAUAGAAGAAUACCUUUUAACAUAUAUUUUAAAUAUGAAUAUUGAGGAACGAUUUUAAGUCAUCUUAAAACUUAUAUGCGUUUUAUUGGCUAUUCAAAAUGGCUUGUUUACAUUGCGCUGUAAAUGUAUUAUGAAACAGUAAAACAUUAAGAAAGUUAGAAAAAGGCUGGCAGCUGAUUUCUUUUAAGGUAUUUUACGCUAUUCAAAUACAAUCAUCAACAUUAGCAGUAGUGAUUUAAUUAAUACUUUGUGGAAUGUGUUACGGUGUCAACAUUUUUUAUGCGAGAGAUUACAAAAAAAUCUUUAAAUAUACUGACUGAGCUUCUUUGAGGAAUUUUUCGCAGAUUUUUACAUUUCUAAUUUAUUUUUGCCGAUUAGUUAUUUUUGAAAAAUUGCAUUUCUUUCGAGACCUGGAAUAUUGUUUUUCUUUAAAAUGAUCCCAUACUAUGAUUUGUGUGGUAAAUUGAUAUUUAUUUAAAUUCUUGUGUACGCUUCAUAAUCAAAACCCAUUCUAAUUUAAUUAUUUUUUUUCAUCAAAUUGAAAUGUACAUUUAUAUCUGCAUGUUUUUACAAUACAUAUGUGUGCACUACUUACACACAGGGAUAAUGAUUUUAAUUAUUAAUAUAUUUUUGUACAUACAUUUUGUAUUAUUAGAUACGACUAGUAUUAAACCUUAUUUACAAUAUAAUAUGUUUAACUUUUUGUUAUAUUAAGUUUUUAUUAUGAAUUCAAUCACACACCAUGUUACUUAUUUGUUUAACAACACUAAAAGACAUUACUUAGUAUGCUAGAACUUUAUAAAAUAUCUAUCUUCUCCUGUUCUAUGUAUAUCUUGCGAAACAUCAUCAAAAACAGCAUAUUACAUAUUAUACAUGCAUUUUUAUUCUUUGUUGAUUGAAUUUUUUAAUUUAUUUUCUAUAACACUAAAGGAUUUUUUUGCUGUCAGAUGUUUAUUAUACAGUAACGAUCAUGCUUUAUUAUAUAUAUAUAUGCAUUGAGGUUUUGAUAUGUUGUUGUAAAUGAUUGACGUAAUCACUGGUAGAGAUUGUUUUGAAUGCACUGCAAGAUGAACGUUGUUAAAUUAAAGCAAAUAUUCAGGGAAGUUUUAAUGCUUGUUUCCAUGUUUAACAUUGAAAUAGUUUUUUCUGAUACACUACAAUUUUAUUUUGCUACACUUCUAAGAACAUGUCAUUGUUUAUUAUGCCCCCUUCGAAGAAGAGGGGGUAUAAUACUUUGCACAUGUCAGUCUGUCGGUCCGUCCACCAGGUGGUUUUCGGAUGAUAACUCAAGAACGCUUAGGCCUAGGAUCAGGGAACUUCAUAGGUACAUUGAUCAUGACUAGCACAUGACCCCUAUUGAUUUUCAGGUCACUAGGUCAUAGGUCAAGGUCACGGUGACCCGAAAUAAUAAAAUGGUUUCCGGAUGAUAAAUCAAGAACACUUAGGCCUAGGAUCAUGAAACUUCAUAGGUACAUUGAUCAUGACUCGCAGAUGACCCCAUAUUGAUUUUCAGGUCACUAGGUCAAAGGUCAAGGUCACGGUGACCUGAAAUAGUAAAAUGGUUUCCGGAUGAUAACUCAAGAACGCUUAUGCCUAGGAUGAUGAAACUUCAUAGGUACAUUGAUCAUGACUCGCAGAUGACCCCUAUCGAUUUUCUGGUCACUAGGUCGAAGGUCAAAGUCACAGUGACUCGAAAUGGUUAAACGGAUGGUUUCCGGAUGAUAGCUCAAGAAUGCUUACACCUAGGGUCAUGAAACUUCAUAUGUUCAUUGAUCAUGAUUGGCAGAUGACCCCUAUUGAUUUUCAGGUCACUAGGUCAAAGGUCACGGUCACAGUGACUCGAAAUAGUUAAAUGGUUUCCGGAUGAUAACUCAAGAAUGCUUACACCUUGGAUCAUGAAACUUCAUAGGUUUAUUGAUCAUGAUUGGCAGAUGACCGCUAUAAAUUUUCAGGUCACUAGGUCAAAGGUCAAGAUCACAGUGACUCGAAACAGUAAAAUGGUUUCCUGAUGAUAACUCAAGAAUAAUUAGGCCUAGGAUCAUGAAACGUCAUAGGUGCAUUGAUCAUGACUGGCAGAUGACCCCUAUUGAUUUUCAGGUCACUAGGUCAAAGAUCAAGGUCACAGUGACAAAAACAUAUUCACACAAUGGCUGCCACUACAACUGACAGCCCAUAUGGGGGGCAUGCAUGUUUUACAAAUAGCCCUUGUUUUAAAAUAUAAUUUUCGGGCAAUACGAUACAUGAUAAUUGAUUCAUUUUUGAAUGAGGGUAUGUAACGAACAAUAAAAAUUCUGCCGACACAUGCGUGCUGUGGAUAUUCAAUAUAAUGUGCAAGCAAUUAUUACAUUUUGUUAAAGACUGAGCUAGGAAUGUAUUUACAUGUAUUUGUCAACAAUUAAUUACAAUUUGUGAGCUUGAAAGUCGAUCAUUUAAACAGUUUUGAGAUGCAUCAAUGUGACCAAUCAAGCUCUUAUAUAUUUUCAUCAGACGAAUGAUAUCCGGUGUUUGUUUUUAAAUCAUAUGUGCUGUUUAUAUACAUGUCAUCAGAAGGUUAGAGUAUAAAUGUGAUGUAUGACCUUAUCUGAGAUGACUAUGAAUGACGACUUCCGAAGCAGUCUUUCUGAUUCAUACAUCAUAGUUUUUGUUUCUUUGCUUUUACUUUCCCCCUACAUUAGGGAUCAAGGCGCUAACAUAAAAAACACAAAAACUAAAAAAGUAAAAUUUAAUGUUAAGGGAACACAUAUUUGUUGAAUUCGUUAAGAGCUGUCAUACGCUUAUCUAUAUACAUAUCCCUUGUAUUGCUGUUUCUAAUGCUUUAGUCCGUACGUUUUGUCUUAAGAUAUCUGAUUGACAUAAUUGUGACCUCAUAUAAAAGAUCGAUACACAACUAAACUGUCAAGAAAACUGCAUAAGUAUUGCCUUAAAUUUGAUGACAAUUCUGGCGUGUUAUAAUUUCGUGUUUUUAGCAAACAAUUUUCAAUGUUAGCAAUGAUAAUAUUGAAAAAACAUGCUUUAUAAGUUAUAGUCAAAUCAGUUUUACAAACGACUCUUGAUUCUAUAUUUUCAUUUGGUAAUCUUUUUAUGCUUUCCCAAAAAAAAUUUUGGGGGGAGCAUAUAGUCGCCGCUUCGUCUGUCCGUGUGUCCAUCCGUCCGUCUGUGCACAAUUUUUGUCCGGGCUAUUUCUCAGCAACUAAUGAUCGGAAUUCAAUGAAACUUUAUGGGAAGCUUCACUACCAAGGGGAGAUGUGCAUAUUAUCAGCCGGUUCUGGUCGGAUGAUUUUUCACAGAGUUAUGGCUCUUUGAAAUUUUCCAUUAACUGUACAUAUAGUGCAAUUCUUGUCCGGGCUUUUUCUCAGCAACUAAUGACCGGAAUUCAAUGAAACUUUAUGGGAAGCUUCACUACCAAGAGUAGAUGUGCAUAUUAUCAGCGGGUUCUGGUCGAAUGAUUUUUCACAGACUUAUGGCCGUUUGAAACUUUCCAUUGUACAUAUAGUGCAAUUCUUGUCCGGGCUAUUUCUCAGCAACUAAUGACCGGAAUUCAAUGAAACUUUAUGGGAAGCUUCACUACCAAACGGAGAUGUGCAUAUAAUCAGCCGGUUCUCGUCGGAUGAUUUUUCACAGAGUUAUUGCCCUUUGAAAUUUUCCAUUGUACAUAUAGUGCAAUUCUUGUCCGAGCUAUUUCUCAGCAACGUAUUACGGGAAUUCAAUAAAAAUUUAUGGGAAGCUUCGCUACCAACAGGAGAUGUGCAUAUUAUCAGCCGGUUAUGGUCGGAUGAUUUUUCACAGAGUUAUGGCUCUUUGAAAUUUGAAAUUUUUAAGUUGCUAAACCAUCCAUCGUAUUAUUUUGUCCAAAGUUAUGCCCCUCAAGACGUCUCCCUUUAUCUGAAUAUAUAGUGCAAUAUUGUGACAAAAAACUUUGGGGAGCAUCACCCGUCUCCGACGGUUUCUUGUUUGUAGAAGCAGUUAUUUUGUAAAUUCCUAAAAGAGAAGAGUUCUCUUAUAAUGUAUGUCUGGAAACAUCGUUAUAUUGUGUUAUAAAAACUGUACAUGUUGCAUCCUUUCGUGCUUUUAUACAGCUCUGUUCUGAUUUAUGAGAACCAAAAUACUCGUUAUAUUGAAUAUAGUUUAUAUUAUAAACAGCUCCUGUCAGCAGCUGGUUUGUUGCAUCAUUUAUUUUUUACUGUAAAAAGCAUGUUAAAAAUUAAUAUAGUUUUGAUGUUACACUUGGUGAUCCCUUUUCUGCUAUUGUCCCGACAUAAUUUUGUUUAUUAUGCAUCAUUCCCAGUACGUAUUCUAAAUGUUUACAGUCAAGAAAUUAAUUGAAGGCCGUCAACGUAAUUGUAUUUGCAAUUAAUUCAACAAGUGUAUAGUUUAUUAUUUAUAUUGCACUGUUUUGUUUGUAACCAUGUAUGAUUUUCGGCUAUUAACAAUCAAAUGAUAAAGGGUUUGCAAACGGG